AUGACUCGAGAAUGCGAGACCAUCACGAUACCUCAAGAGAUUACUCAGUACGCGUGGACCCCUGGCUCAUCGUCCAUCAAGGAGUUUACGAAAAAGCAGUGUCUCUGGAUACAUCCCAGUCAUGGCGCCUUUCUCGAUCCCGAGCAACAUCUUCGACAAGACGCAGCGGUAGAGCAGGCCAAAGAAGAAUUGAACCACCUGCUCGAGCGUCUGGCAGAAAUUGAUCAUGAUGAGAAUCUCCCAAUAAAGCAACAGGGCGGGACGUCGAGUAGGGGAGAAGUCAAGAACCAGGCGCAUGAUCGCACCGUCCGCCUUUUGAAGGUGAUCAUGCUCAAGUCCAAGCUGUGGAGAGAGAACCAUGAUGCGGUGGAUGAAGUCUGGACCAGUAUCGCGGGCUCGGUAGCUUCUGGUCCCCUAAGGGAUGCAGGGGUCACUGGCGCCAAGGUGGAAACUACUACUGCCGGAGAGCAACACCAGAUCUACCUGUAUAUGCCAGACGUAUAUGACGUUGAUGUUUCCGUCAAGAUACUCGAAACCCUCAUCAGCUGCCACGGCAUCGUCCCGGUCGGUGUCAAGCCAGACCUAUAUACCGCCGCGGGGAUUACCUCGCAGCAUCCUACCCAUAUCGAUUCUUUGGUCUUUCGCCCUCGAGACCACCCGCUAGGUGACGAGCACGUCAAGCGACUCAAACGGGAAUUUGACGAGUAUGAAGCGAUAUUCGGCAUCGGUUCACGAGCAGAUGUCACCCAACUCUUGGUCGAUAUCGAAGACGACGGCGAGACGGUAGUCAACUCCCCCGAGCCGAUCAAGCUCGCCCCCAUCAUUCGCCUCCAGUCACAGACGCACCUCAAGACCAUCCUUAAAGAUAUUGACGCUCGGCCAAUCAAGCCGCUGCCCAUCCGCUUCAAGCCACUCAUCUCGCUCGAUCUCCCGGUAACAAGUCACAUCCCUCGGGCGAUGAUCGUGAACCUCAUGAAGGAUCGUAAAAAGUCCACCUAA